AUGACAUCCACCGAGAAGCCGAAGGUAUUUUUUGUUCUUGGUGGCCCAGGAUCGGGAAAGGGUACAGUUUGUGCCCGUCUCGUUGAAGAGUUUGGUUAUACGCACUUCAGCGCGGGGGAUCUCCUUCGUCAGGCAAGUCGAGACAAAACAACUGAGGUUGCACAGAAAAUAUCUCAAAUUCUCGUGGAGGGUGGCAUUGUGCCAUCCGAACUGACAGUUGCGCUGUUGAAAAAUGCCCUCAAUACUCACCCCAGUCCCCGUGGUUAUGUCAUUGACGGAUUCCCACGCAAAAUGGAUCAGAUGUUUAUGUUUGAGGAAGACAUUGUGCCCGCUAAGGCCAUUCUUUUCUUCGACUGUACGGAGGAAACAAUGGAGGCGCGUUUGAUCGGCCGUGCGUCGUCUGGUUCUGGGCGUGACGACGACAAUAUCGAAACGAUACGUCGCCGCUUCCGGACGAAUGCCGAGCAGUGCGUACCGGUGGUGGAACAUUAUAAAAAGCAAGGGCGUUUAUACACUGUUGACGGUAACCGCAGUCGGGAGGAAGUGUAUGCUGAUGUCAAGAAAAUAUUUUUGAAGGAGGGGGAGGAACUACUGAAGAAAUGA